AUGCCGACGACCACCGCCGCCACCCCAGAGAAGAGCCGUGGCCAAUAUCUCCAUAAGGCUAGAACUCUCCAGGCCGCAUCAACAGACCUCAUGCCUCUCGCCAGCGACGAGAUUCGAGUUGCCAUUCGCUCCACCACCAUCUGCGGCUCUGACGUGCACUACUACACGCAUUUCUGCAACGGGAGUAUCCAAGUCCGCGAGCCACUCUGCCUGGGCCACGAGGCAGCGGGUGAGGUCGUCGCUGUAGGGUCCAGUGUCUCCCAGGCGAUCCCAGACCUGAAGGCCGGCGACAUCGUCGCGCUCGAGUGCGGCGUCCCCUGCGGACAGUGCGACUACUGCAGCAGCGGGAGGUACAACAUCUGCCCGGCCCUGCGCUUCCGCAGCUCGGGCUCCAAGUUCCCCCACUACCAGGGCACCCUGCAGGAGUUCGUGGACCAUCCCGCGCGCUGGGUCCACCGCCUCCCGCCCCAGCUGAGCUUCGAGGCCGGCGCGCUCCUCGAGCCGCUGGCCGUCGCCAUCCACGCUGCGCGCAGGGCAGGCAAGGAAACCGUCUCACCCAGGCGCACGUGUCUGAUCUUCGGCGCCGGUGCAAUCGGGCUGCUCUGCGCUGUGGCGGCGCGCGCCGAGGGCUGUCGAGAUGUCGUCGUGGUCGACAUUGACAAGGGGCGCCUGGACUUUGCGCUGCAGCAGGGUUUUGCCUCUGUCGUAUAUGCGGUUCCCCUCAGGAGAGGGCAGACCUUAGAAGAGAAGCUGGAUAUCGCCAGGCAGACUGCAGCGGACAUUGCAGAGUUGAAAUGGCCGGAUGGCCAGGCGGUAGGAAAGGUGCAGACCGUAUUUGAGUGCACAGGUGUCGAGUCGUGUGUGCAAAGUGGCAUUUAUAUCUAA